GGCGCUGGCAGCAGUUGGUUAACGUUAGGCGUAUUUAGGUUGUUAUCAUUUGCUAAAGUUUGCGUUUUCCUGCUAAUUUUAUGUUUGGUGUGUAAGUACCCAAAAAUAAAAUGACAGAAGAGUCAGCUGUCAAAGUCUGUGUUCGAGUCCGUCCGCUUAUCGCGAGGGAAGAAAGUACUGCUUCGGAGAAUGCAGAGCCUGUCCAGCUGUUUUGGAAAACCGAUAAGAAAUCAAUUCAUCAGAUCGAUGAUGGGAAUUCCACCAAGAGCUUUAGUUUUGACCGAGUGUUCACUGCCGCAGAAACAACCAAUCACCUGUACCAGGAGAUUGCAAAGCCUCUGGUUGUUUCCACUGUUGAGGGAUACAAUGGAACCAUAUUUGCUUACGGGCAGACUUCCUCUGGAAAGACUUUCACCAUGAUGGGGAGUGACCGUAUUCCUGGAGUCAUACCUCUGGCUGUGGAAGAUGUCUUCCAAACCAUUAAGACUUGUCCAAAGAAGGAGUUCCUCCUCCGGGUUUCUUACAUGGAAAUCUACAACGAAACUGUGACUGAUCUGCUUGUUGACAGCUGGAAGAGAAAACCCCUGGAAGUUCGAGAGGCAAUCAACAAAAAUAUCUAUGUGGCUGACCUGACGGAGGAACUGGUUACGUCUCCUGCACAAGCCCUGGCCUGGAUUCGGAAAGGAGAAAAGAACCGUCACUAUGGAAAGACAAAAAUGAAUCAGCGGAGCAGCCGCUCACACACCAUUUUCCGAAUGAUCCUGGAAAGCCGCGAAAGGAGCGACCCAGCAUCAGGUGAAAAUGCUGAUGGAGUCAUUAUUGUGUCUCAUUUGAAUUUAGUUGAUCUAGCUGGAUCUGAGAGAGCGAGUCAGACAGGAGCUGAAGGCACACGUUUCAAAGAAGGUUGCAAUAUCAAUCGCAGCCUGUUCACACUCGGCCAAGUGAUCAAGAAACUGACUGAUGAAGGCCAGAAGGGUUUCACAAACUACAGAGAUAGUAAGCUCACCCGCAUCCUGCAGAACUCCUUGGGUGGGAAUGCUAAAACAGUCAUCAUCUGCACCAUCACUCCUGUCACUGUAGAUGAGACCCUCAGCACUCUGCAGUUUGCAAGCACUGCAAAGAAAAUGAAGAACGACCCCCAUGUGACAGAGGUGUCUGAUGACGGGGCUCUGCUCAAAAGGUAUCGCAAUGAAAUUGUAGACCUGAAGCGACGACUUCACGAGGUUUCUUCAGUCACACAGACAACAGCCACAGAGAAGGAGGUUCUCUCCCAGCUGCUCCAAGAAAAGGAUCAGCUCCAGAGAGAACAAGAGGACCGGAUCAGAAACCUGACCCAACUGCUCGUCACCAGCUCAAACUCUGUUUCUUUUCCAAAGAUUCCAAAACGCAGGGUCACAUGGGGAGGAAAGAUGCACAAACUUGCCCGUCUGUCUGGCUGUGAUGGUGCUUCAUCUGACCUCAGCUUUGCAGAAUCUUUCUCUCGAAAGAGGAAAGCAGAUCGCUCCUGUCUGGCGAUCCUGGGUGAAGAUGAUGAGGACUUUAACUGGGAGAUACCUGAUGGGCCAUCAGAUGAAAUGGAGAUGAGUCAGAGCUCUGUGACUGUUCGAAGCUUUGAAGAAAGUCCCAGGGACUUUGUGUCUUCAGAGCGGUUACAUGAGCUUUCAGGGAAAGUGUCCAACCUUGAGCUGCAGCUGGAAAUGGAGAGUCAACAGAAAGAGGAGGCUAUGACAAAGGUAGAAACUUUGGAUGGCAGAGUGGCAGAGCUGGAGCUGCAGCUGCAAACAGAAGCUCAGCAGAAGCUGGAGGCCAUGGAGAAAAUACAGCCAACAGAACAGAGAGCAGCCGAGCUGGAGCUGCAGCUCCAAACAGAAGCUCAGCACAAGCUGGAGGCCAUGGAAAAGGUGGAGAUGUUGGAGGUCAGAGUGGCAGACCUGGACAGACGGCUGGAAGAACAGAGCUGCACUCAAACUGAAACUGAUAAACAGAUGAGAAGAGAGUUUGCAGAGACCAUCCAGCUGUGUGAAACUCUUGCUUCAGAGAAGGAAAUGGUGGCUGCUGAGCGGGACUAUCUGAAGCAGGAGCUGGGGAUGUUCAUAGAGCAGACUAAAAGUCUGGAAAAAGAGAAAGCUACGCUGUCAAAGGAGCUGGAGGAGAAGGGAGAAAUGGACGAGUUUAAAUCUCUGGAAGAAGAGUUCAGGAAAGAGCACGAGAACGAGAUGCAAAAUGAAAUCUCUUGCUUGAGGAAGGCCCUUGAAUCCUCUGAACUCCAAUGCCUGGAGCUUCGGAACAAACUAGAAACUUUGUCUGAGGAGUUGAAGAAGAAAACUGAAUUUGCAGAGGAUCUUCAGAGUAUGAGUGGUAAGGACUUGGUGCAGGAGGUGGCAAAGCUUCGUCGCUCUCUGGAUGAUGCUGAGGGGCUCAGCAGAGACACAAAGAAGGACUGGGCUGUCCUGCGCAGUCAGAACAUUGCUCUAGAGGAACUGAAUGUCACUCUGACUGCCAACCAUGAGAAGAUGGACGCUGAGGUGAAGAGUCUGAGGAUUCAACUUGAGACCGAGAAGUCGCGCUACAGAAAGAUGCAGAGCGAUCUCCAAAAAGAGCUGAAUGUUGCAUUUGACGAGAACACCAAGCUCACCACUCUGCUCGAUGGAAAAGUUCCAAAAAAUCUUAUAGACAGUGUGGAACUAGAGAGAACAGUGGCCAACCUGAAUAAAGAGCUGACAGCGUCUCGUGAAGCAGAGGGAGCCCUCAGAGCUCAGCUGGAGGAACUGGCUUCAUUCCAGACUCUUCCAGAUAAGAUAGACAGUUUGAUGAAGCAGGUGUGUGAGUUGACUGAGGAGCUGUGUGCUGUUGAAACUCAUAAGGACAGCCUGCUCUCAGCACAAGCUCAAUGUCAGGAGGAGGCUCAGCAGCUCAGAGACUCCUUGCAGACCUCCCAAGAUGAGAUUCUGAAAACCCAAGCAGACCUUAGUGCUGCUGUGCUCAGGGAGAAGGAGCUGAGCCAGCAGUGCGUUGAUGUAACACAGCAGCUGGAUUCACUUCGCUCAAACUUGGAGCGCUCUGAUGUUGAGAAGAGUCAGCUCAUGGCUACCAUUGAAGAGACGGGCUUGAAACUGGAGGAGAGAGAGCGACAAAUGGCAACACUAGAAGAAAAGCUGAAUGAGGUGCAGCAGCUGACGAAGGAUUUGGAGGAGAAGCUUGCUGACAGUGAUGCUUUCAGAACCACAGAGGAGGAGAUCAGCAAAGAACUCCAAGAACGACUGAAUCAGCUGACUGAAGAGCUUCAGCAUGUGCAAGCUGAGAAAGACGCUCUCCUUUCUGAGCAGAAUGCUGGCGCCCAGAGGUCUGCAGAGGAGAUGGAGAAUCUGCUGUCGACAGUUACAGCUCUCACUGCAGAGAGAGACCAGCUCAGGACGGACCUGCAGGAAAAUGUGGAGAUGAUGAUUGACCAUCAGGAGGAGCUAAGGACAGCCCUGGAGAAAAAUCGUGUACAGAAGGAGCAGAUCAAACAGCUGGAGACUACACAAACAUCCAGGAGGGAUGUUCCUCCCAGUGAGAUGAGUGCACAGCUAGAGGAGCUGCAAACACACACAAGGACUCUAGCUGAGGAGCUGGAGAGUGUGCGAGCAGAGAGAGACAGUCUGCUGUCUGAGAGGACGGCCAACACUCACAGUGAGGAGGUGGAGGAGCUGCUGAGCAGAGUGACGUCUCUCAGUGAGGAGAGAGAUCAGCUGCAGGACACCCUGGAGGGACUGAGACAGGAGAAGCAGCAGCUCAGAGCAGAGCUGGAGGACAGGAUGGAGAUGGUUGCACAAGCCCAAAGUGGGUUCAACCAGCCAGAAAAGCUGACCCCAGAACUGCAAACACAAGAUGAGAACAUAACCCAACUACAGCAAAAGAUAGAGCAGCUGCAGGCUACUCUGCAGGCCGUCAGUGAGCAGAAGAGCCAGUUGGAAGAUGAUCUGCAGCGUAAUGUGGAGCUGGCUACAGAGACUCAAAGCCUUCUACAUUCACUUCAACAGCAGCUCCAAGAGCAGAAUCAAAGAAACACUGACCUGGAAAGACUAAACCAAGAGAGGCAAGCUCAGCUAGAACAGCAGGUUGCAAAGACUGAGAGUCUUCUUAAGGAGCUCCAAGAGCAGAAGCAAAAGAACUCCGAUCAUAUGAAUCUCUGUGAGCAGAAGGAGUCUGACUUGGAGCAACAGACAAGGACUCUAACCGAGCAGCUUAAGAGUGCACAAGCAGAGAGGGAUGCCCUGUUGUUUGAGAAGGAGACCAGCUGUCAGACGUCCACAGAGAAGGUGGAGAAGCUGCUGAGCAGAGUGACGUCUCUCAGUGAGGAGAGAGAUCAGCUGCUGGACACACUGGGGGGACUGAGACAGGAGAAGCAGCAGCUCAGAGCAGAGCUGGAGGACAGGAUGGAGACGUAUGAGUCACAGCAGCUGCUCAGUUCUGAGCCGUACUCGCUGAAAGAAGAGGAGGAAGCUCAACGACUUCUGCAGAUCCAACAGCUAGAGGAGCAUCUGGCGAAAACUAAGGAGGAUAUGCGGCAGUUGAAGAAUGACCUUCAAGAAAAUGUAGAACUGAUGAUCAAUAAUCAGGAGGAGCUGAGGGUGUCUCAGGAGAAGAUCAGAGUUCUACAAGAUGAGAUCAGCAUGCUGAGGAGUCAGAAGGCAGAGCUGGAGGGCAGAGCAACCAAUGGGAGUGAUGCAAAGAGCACCCUGCAGUUACAAGAGCUCCAAAAACAGAAUCAGGGGCUGACAGAGGAGCUGGAGAGUGUGCGAGCAGAGAGAGACAGUCUGCUGUCUGAGAGGACGGCCAACACUCAAACUCACAGUGAGGAGGUGGAGGAGCUGCUGAGCAGAGUGACGUCUCUCAGUGAGGAGAGAGAUCAGCUGCAGGACACACUGGAGGGACUGAGACAGGAGAAGCAGCAGCUCAGAGCAGAGCUGGAGGACAGGAUGGAGACUCUUCAGACAGAGUUGGGGAUUCUAACUGAGAAACUGGAGAUUGUUGAAGCAGAGAGAGGCAGUCUGCUGUCUGAGAGGACGGCCAACACUCACAGUGAGGAGGUGGAGGAGCUGCUGAGCAGAGUGACGUCUCUCAGUGAGGAGAGAGAUCAGCUGCAGGACACACUGGAGGGACUGAGACAGGAGAAGCAGCAGCUCAGAGCAGAGCUGGAGGACAGGAUGGAGACACUUCAGAUGGAGGCUUCUAAAACACAAGAGCUUCUGGAGUCAGUCCAAGAAAAGCUGUGUAAACAGAAGCAGAUGAACUCUGAUCUGGAGGGACGGCAUCAGGAGAAGCAACGCACUUUAGAUCAACAGCUGAUAACUCUAGCUGAGGAGCUGGAGAGUGUGCGAGCAGAGAGAGACAGUCUGCUGUCUGAGAGGACGGCCAACACUCAAACUCACAGUGAGGAGGUGGAGAAGCUGCUGAGCAGAGUGACGUCUCUCAGUGAGGAGAGAGAUCAGCUGCAGGACACACUGGAGGGACUGAGGCAGGAGGAGCAGCAGCUCAGAGCAGAGCUGGAGGACAGGAUGGAGACGGUGGACCAGCUUGAGAAGGAGCUUCAAAUUUGCAGGGCGAGACAAGCUCUCGCUGAAGCUGAAGCUGACUCCUCACAGCAGUUGCUCAGUGAAACAAACACAACGGUCUCAGCACUCAGAGAGCAGCUGAGCAGUUUGGAUCACAGCACCAGUGGAGUGAAAGACACUGUGUCAUCACGGCUGCAGGACUCUGCUGAGAAGCUUCAGGAGUCCUUCAGAAAAUUCCAGCAGUUUGAAGACACUUGUUCCAAGUAUCGCUGCACACUCCUGGACAAGGUCCGUACAGUGCGGCCUCCCAUGAAGCACUCUUAUCUGCCCAUUCUACCGAAACCCACCUUGAAAGUCUACAACGCUGUCUCUUACCUGGGACAGCAGACUGUUAAUAAUCUGGAAAGCAUUGUGGAGCACCUACAGAUGCGAGCACGGAGCUACAAGAUUCUCUUUGAGAAGUUGGUGAAAAAAGAUUUGGCUGUUUUUGAGGAGAGGCGUCUGCAGGACGUGCUGCUGUGCAGAGUGCAGGCACCCAGCUACUCUGUCAAAGACGAGGACUUCCACGCGCUGUGGGAACCCAGACUGACUGAGCUGCUGGACAAGAGGCAGCUCUACCUGCAGCAAAUGGCCAUCAUUUUGGAGAAGCUGUGGGCCAGCAUGACGUCUUGCCCCAGUGAGCUGUCAGCUGAGGUCAGAGACAAGGAGAGGUUCACGGAGCAGAUGCAGGCCGUGUUCGCCAACCAGCCAACCAGCUUCAGCGAGCUGCACCGCAUCCUGAGCUGUGAGCAGGACCACAGAUCUACAGUGGCUCACAGCAGGGCUAUGACCCUGCAGGCCAUCUUUGAUGAACAGAAUGGUCUGUGUAAAGAGGUGAUGCUGCUGGACAGUCAGGCUUAUUCUCAGCUCAGCUCAGAGAGAAGCAAGAGUUCCACUCUGCUGCAGGCGCUGGAGGGAGCUCCUCUGAAGACAGAACUCUCUCUGCUGAAAGACAACCAGCAACUUGUUCUUCAGCUACAGCAAACUGAAGACAAAGUCAAAGCUCUGUGUGCACAAAUUGAGCAGCUGGAGGACGCUCAGAUUAAAGCCAACAACACGGUCUCCAACCAUAAAGAGGCUAUGCAGCUCCUGCAGACAGAGCUGCAGGACAGCCGCGCACAAGUCGAGGACAAGGAAAAUACUAUCCAAACCCUCAACAGAAGACUGCACCAGUCUGAGGGAAAUUCAUCACCCAGUGCUGCUGAGCUGGAAAAACUCCGAGUUAAACUGUUCGAAAAAGACGUGGAGUUGAAUUCAGCAUCUGCUAAACACAAACAGGAGAUCCAGAGGAUGACCACACUGCUGAAUGAAAAGGAAGAGUCACUGAGGAAACUGAAGGAGACCUUGAGGAAAUCACAGCAGCAAGGAGAGGAGUCAUUCCUGCAGGGAGAGGACCUUCAUGCCAGACUGACCAACCCCAGAGGUUUGAUCAAGAGCAGCAUUCUGCUGGAGAAGACCAAACUGGAGGAAGAAGUCAAACAGCUUCAGGUUAAAAUAAGCCAGCUGGAAAGCUCGGUGUCCAGUCAGCAGGCAGAGAUCAGCAAGUGGAAGAACAGAGCCAUCAGGAUGAAGGGGAAGAGCACGGCAGAGGUGGACAGGCCUUCAUCGCCCUGCACUCCCACUAAAAGGGGCCUUCCCAUGGCCUCAGACUCCUCCAACGUCUUCUGCUCACCAAAGAAGUUUCUGGUUACUCCCAAGAAAGUCCUGGACUCUCCCAGGAAGGUUUUGGAGUCUCCCAGGAAGCUGUUGGACUCUCCGAAAAGCAGUUUCUUUGAUGUGGGUGGAAGCUCAGAGUUGCUGUCCAGAUCCUGUCCCAGGCAGUUCUUUGAUAACUCCAGCCUCGGGACCAUUCCAGAGGUUUCCCAAGUUCCUGAUACACCAGAUGCAGAGAAGGAUGCAGACAGGAAGGAGGAGUGGUGGCCUAAGUCUCCUAACGGGGAGGAGAUGUGUAAAACCCAGUAAAGUGUUCCUCCCGUGAAAUCUUUUUAAAUGUCUUUUCAAUGUUUCUGGCUUUUUAUUGUUGUGUAGUGUCUUCUUUGACAUUCUGUCUUUCUUACAGUUUGACUAAUAAAGUUUGUUGACUCUCUCAUUCA